AUGAUGAAGGCUUCGCCUCGGAGAACUUAUGCAACCGGCUCGGGGACAAGAGAGGCGUGGCCUAGGCUCCCGAGGAAAGCGGCUCGGGUUCACGGAAAGAUCCAGCUCGGGGGUCUCGACACAAACCGGCUCGCUCACACACCAAAGCUUGUUGAAUUCUUUCUUGGAGAGUACAGUAAAGAAAUAAAUCUUGACAACCCAUUGGGAAAGAAAGGUGAGCUUGCUUUAGCUUUCGGUGACUUGUUAAGGAGUUUGUGGGCUCCAGGUGCAUCAGCAGUGUCCCCAAGUAUACUUAAAGCAAAACUUGAUCGAUAUGCUCCUCAAUUUAGUGGCUUUAAUCAGCAUGAUUCGCAGGAACUUCUAGUUUUCUUGCUGGAUGGACUCCACGAGGACUUAAAUCGUAUAAAGACCAAGCCUUAUGUGGAAGCAAAAGAUGGAGAUGGUCUUCCAGAGGAAGAAGUGGCCGAUGAAUAUUGGCGAAAUCAUGUGGCUCUCAAUGAUUCAAUAAUCGUUGAUUUAUGCCUAGGCCAAUUAAAGUCAACAAUAGUUUGUCCUAUUUGCAAAAAGGGUUCUGUUACGUUUGAUCCGUUCAUGUACCUAUCACUACCUUUGCCAUGCACUUCAAUGCGAACAAUGGAUCUAAUAGUCAUGAGUGCCGAUGGGGGUAGUCUGCCUGCUUUAUUGACUGUCAACGUUCCUGAGUUUGGAAGAUUUGAAGAUCUUCAGAAGGCUCUUGUCACGGCCUGCUCUUUACAAGAGGAUGAGACUUUACUGGUUACUGAGGUAUACAACAAUCAAAUUAUUCGCUUCAUAGAGGAGCCGACUGAUUCAUUAACCAUAAUCGGAUAUGGUGCCAAACUUGUCGUGUACCGGUUAAAGAAAGAUGCAAACAAUUCUCGUUUGAUUGUGUUUACGCAUCAGAAGCUGGAAGAGCAGGUUAUCCUUGGGAAAUCAAACCCAACGUGGAAGGGAUUUGGAAUCCCCUUGGUCUCGAGGCUUUGUGACGUUGAGAAUGGAUCUGAUGUUGAGAACCUGUACCUGAAAUUGCUUAGUUCAUUUAAGAUGCCUACUGAAUUCUUCACUGCGAAUCUUGAAGAUCCGAUUGAAGAAGACGCCACUGAUAAAGCAGUUACCGAUGGUUCUACUUCCACUGACGCGAAGGAGACUACUGAGUCUCUUCCAGACCCUGUGUUGAGGCUUUACCUAACCGAAGACAGAGGAAACUCAAUACAAUCUGAAAUAUUGAAAGAAAAGCCUUUAAAUAGUAAAUCCAAGGUGGUGAAUGUGCUUGCACGUUGGCCAGUAAAAGAGCUAGACGCUUAUGAUACUUGUCUUCUGAGCUACUUACCUGAGGUUUCCAAAUUUGGAACUAAGAGACCCCAGGAAGAAUCUGUUUCACUUGACAAGUGCCUUGAAGCAUACUUGGCGGAGGAGCCUCUUGGUCCUGAUAACAUGUGGGAUUGUCCUGGGUGCAAAAAGAAGAGGCAAGCCAUUAAAAAGUUGGAUCUGUGGAGGUUGCCAGAGAUCCUGGUAAUUCAUCUGAAGAGGUUUUCACUGAAUAACAAGCUGGAGGAUGAUGUGGACUUCCCGCUAGAUGAUCUUGAUCUAUCAAGCUACAUCUCCUACAAGAAUGGUCAGACUUAUCGCUACAUGCUAUUUAGCAAUCACUGUGGAAGCAUGACAGGUGGUCAUUACACUGCAUAUGUCCAUCUUGGAGGUGAUCAAUGGUAUGAGUUCAAUGAUAGCAAUGUCCACCAAAUCAGCAAAGAAGAUAUCAAGACCUCGGCAGCCUACGUUCUCUUCUAUCAACGUUUAGUAGAAGAAAAAUGAACCAAGAAGCGAAAACACACAAGAAAGAGGUUGAGUCAGAUUUUCUUCCUCUCUACACCAACCAUGGCAUUGGUCUUACCACUUGGAGCCCACCUUCCACUUCAUUGGACUCAUACAAAGUCUCAAGGGUUUCAUGGCUCCAAAAAAAAGAAAACACUGUUUCUGAGAAAACUCUCGUCUUUUCUAGUUUAUUGGUGUUUUUCCUCAUAGCGAAUUGGUGUACCUCUACUUGCUUGUCUGAAACAAAUCUAUAAGACUAUAAGCAAUUAGUUCCACUUCCUUUACC